UACUGUGAGAAUGUCCGCGCUCUCUUCUCUGCCGGAAAUGACCCAAAAAAAAAAAAGUCGCUGUCCCCUGCAGUUUGACGGUUGUUGUAAGCGUUUCUUCAUCAUUUAUUACAUUUUUUUUUUUUACGAGAUAUUACACAUUUAUUCAACCAACUGCGGCUAUUGAAGGAAGCGUUCUAGUGUCAGAAUGAGUACGAGGAGGAACUUCCUAGAACAAAAGAGAACAAGCGACGCUAUUUUCACGCCUCCAAUGGAUUCCCACAGAGCAGACGUCAGUGAAGAACACCUUUUCCCUGGGCAGCAGGAGUGGACCUCCAGCUGGAUAGAGCGAGAGACACCGCAACCCCCUCACAUUAAAGUGGAAGAGGAGGAGCCACAGACCCCCGACUUUAAAGAGACAACGCCACAGCCACCCCGCGUUAAAAAGGAAGAGGAGGAGCCAGAGUGCCGCCACAUUAAAGAGGAAGAGGAGGAACACAGCAUCAGUCAGGAGCUUCAAUGGUUGGAGUUCCCAGUGACUGGUGUCCCUGUGAAGAGUGAAGAUGAUGAGGUCAAAAGUGAAAGUGAGGAGAAGAGCAGCAGCUCAACACAACACAUGACAACAGAAGCUGAUGGAGACCACUGUGGAGGAUCACAAGCAGACAAGCUCUUAGCUCCACUAUCAGAUAGUGAGGACACAACGUCACACUCUCCUGACACUGAUGAUGAAGACUCUAAAGAAGACAACAAAUGCUUUCAGUGUGACAAAACGUUCAGCAGCAAGGCCUAUCUGACUGUGCACAAGAGAAUCCAUACUGGGGAAAAACCAUUCAUGUGCUUUGUUUGUGGCAAAAGAUUCUCUCAGAAGUCCCAUGUUAAAGAACACGCAAAAAUACACACUGGAGAAAAACCUUUUACUUGUUCAGUGUGCGGUAAAGAUUUUAUAAGAAGUCAGUGUUUGAAAAGACACCUGAGAAAGCACACGGGGGAGAAACCACUAAUAUGUUCAGUUUGUGGUAAAAGUUUCUCCCAGAGGGCGCAUUUGACAGCGCACAUAAAAAUUCACUCUCGAGAAAAACCUUUUACAUGUUCAGUGUGUGGUAAAGGCUUUAAACACAACCAUUGUUUGAAAAUACACAUGAGGAUACACACCGGGGAGAAACCUUUUUCCUGCUCAGUCUGCGGUAAAGAUUUUGGACAGAACCACGCUUUAACAAUACACAUGAGAACGCACACUGAGGAAAAACCUUUUUGCUGCUCAGUGUGCGGUAAACUUUUUCGACAAAGUCCACAUCUCAAAAUACACAUGAAAAUACACACCGGAGAGAAGCCUUUUUCCUGUUCAGUUUGUGGGAAAGUUUUCGGACAAAAUCCUUCUCUCAAAAGACACAUGAAAACACACUGAAAUGAAAGGUUUUUCUUAAUAAUUUUAGACAAAAUCCACAACUGAAAGAACACGUGAAAACACACCAAUAAAAAACGUUUUUUAAAUGAUUAAAUGAAAUGAAGUUGGUCAAGAAAGAAAAGAACAAAAUUGUGAACAAUAUUUACUAACUGCCAGUCUUCAUAAAUAUCCACUUAUAUUUUUAUACGAUUAUGCUUAAUUCAGCUGUGCACAUCCAUCUUGUUGUUCCAUUGUAUACGUCGUCCUUGAACAAGAAAUGUCAUUAAAUGAGGUCCAAAUCCACACAGAGUACUUAUUAAUUUGUAACCGCACCCAAUCAGUGUCCAAUCGGCUAAACAGAAUCAAUAACUCUGGUGGCGUUUUGCUGAAUUUACUGAUGAAUUUGUGAAUCUUAAACAAUACAAAAAGAAUGUCAUUGUAAGUUAAUAAUACUAACACAUACACUCAUUAACAUGUUAGCAUAUUAGCUAAUUAACUAACAACGGUAGUGUAAUUACAAUACAACAGCAUGUACGAACACGCAUGAAAACUCCUACAGACAUCACACAUCGGACGGUUUAGUAACUAUGAAUUGUUUUAGUUAUAUUGUAAAACUUACAAAUGCUUCUCGGAGUGAGGAAUGAAGAAUCCGUACGAAUAGACACGCUAGAAGACGGAAAAGUACUUCUACUUCCGGUUGAAAGGACUAAAUGGAAGGACUUGCCUAAAAGAUGGCGCCAUAGCACAAACAUUAACACACCUUAUUAGUGUGUUUGCUUUGUUUUUUGGGUUAUUUAACUAUUUGCAUUAUGGCAAUGAGCAAAGAAAAAUGUAUAAAUUCUCUUCACUGUUUUAUAAGUUGCAGGGGUCAAAGCAUAGGGGAAAAAAUAGCUGCAUUAUGGCCAUCAGCAAAGAAAAAUGUAUAAAUGAUCUGCACUGUUUUAUAAGAUGCAGGGGUUAAAGCAUAGAGGGGAAAAAAUUGCUGCUUAUAGUCCGGAAUUUACGCUACUGUGGUGACUAUUCUUGAUCUGUCCUGAGCUGCAACGCACUACAUUAUAUGGGUCUCCGUUUCAUUUGUUUUGUAUUUGUCACGGCGCGGGCUCGAACUCGCUUUCCCCCGGCAGCUGGGUCUUCCAGCACCUCCGCUGGCAGCGCGCCGAGACACCCCCCUGCUCGCGCUGGCCGCGUCACGGCCACAUGCCGGCAAGGCUGCGGGCGAUCGGCAAUCUGCACACCUGGGACCGAUGAGGUUCGAGCCGGAUAAAGGACCAGUUGACCCAAGGAUCCUUGCGGGAAUGUAGUUACCCUUUGUAUACUGUAAGCCGACAAGCCUUAUGCUCUCUGUCUCUCUCUGCGUUUUUCCCUGAUGUCCUUGUUGUCCUCCCACAGCCAUUGUGAUCCACCGUUGUUCCCUUGUGGAUUUGGACUGCCUUUCUUGAUCCUCGACCCUCGCCUGGACACGGACCUUGUCACUUCUCUCCUGCCCUCGACGGCUUGCUUGUGCACGGACUGCCCUACUGCUUAGUCCCUCCUCUCGCUCUCUUCAACACUUGGUAACACACCAUCCAUCCAUCCAUCCAUUUUCUACCGCCUAUUCCCUUCAGGGUCGCGGGGGGAAUAAGCGCACACUUCAGCUAAUCAUACACAUAGCCUCACACAUACUCUCUUAGUUUAGCCACACUCCAUUUCCUUAGUUUAGUUAUUAUUUAGUAUUGUUUAUUAAUAUUAUAUAGAUAUAUUGACUAUAUACAUAAUAAAUCAUUGAACAUUACUUACCCCCUGGUGUCUGUGUCGUCAACUCCCUCCUCCAACCAUAACAGUAUUAUUAUAUCUGAAUCUGUAUUUUAUCAUACUGCUGCCUAAUUGAACUUUUUGUGGACCAUACUAUCAACUUGCCGAGGACGGCAG